CGGAUCACAACUCACAUACGCCUAUUGAACUCCGGAGUCAGUGGGUGCCGUUCCUUACUCGGGUGAUAUGAGUGUGCGAGUGCCGUUCGCGGUGGAAAAGUGUCCCUCGGCUAAUUGGAACUGAUUGGAAUUUCAAAUCGGUGUGUUGCUUGGUGGAGGAGCGGUGGUGUUGCACGGCGGGGAGAUGUGGCUCCCGGUGUCGACGGCGACGGUGGCGGCAGCACUUUGGGUCCUGAUGGAUACGAUAGUGGACGUGGGUGGGGCUAGUGCCAGUGCCGACGAUGCCGCCCUCGAAGUGACUUUCAGCGAGCGGACCCGUGCCGAUUGGGAAAAAGUUUGGCACCAGGAGAGUCACUCACGCUGCCGGGACAAGCUGAUCCGGCAUCUGUACUGGGCCUGCGAAAAGGAUAUUUAUCGGAUUUCACGGAGGAAUGAUGGCUUUGGCGGUGAUGUUGGUGCAAUUGGGAAGCGUGCUAAUGCGCUACCGUUCUUGGCGCGGUGGACCAUCAGCAAGGAGCAGGCGCAAAGCUUUUUGCGCACUCGCCGAACGGGGAAGCGUCGCUCGGGCGGCUCGAUAACGGCCGAAUGCUGCACGCGAGUUGGCUGCACCUGGGAGGAGUACGCCGAGUACUGUCCCUCGAACAAGCGAAUCAAUCGCUAUCGGAAGUAAGCAUGGUGUUGCGGAGUGUUUGGAGUGUAGCAAGACGGGACGAUGAAGCGUAAAAGGACUGGGGGCCUGGUACGUUUUAACAGAAAAGGAUUUGGUUUCGGAUGAACAUAUUGAAGGUGUUUGGUUGUUGGUGGCGCGCAGAU